AUGGCCACCGCGCAGGAGUGGAGAGAGCGGGGUAACGCCUUCCACACGCGCAAGGAACACGCGCGCGCGGUCGAGUGCUACACCAGCGCCAUCGGCCUGGACCCCACCUCCGCCGCGCUGCGCACCAACCGCGCGGCGGCGCACCACGCGUCCCGCGACUUCGCCGCCGCCCUCGACGACGCGCGCGCGUCCGUCGCCAUCGAUCCCUCGUGGGCCAAGGGCCACUACCGCGCGGGCGCCGCGCUCGCCGCGAUGGACCGCCACGCCGAGGCCGCGGACGCCUUCCGCGCGGGGUUAACCCUGGAUCCGAGCAACCAGAUGCUCGCGCAGGGCCUCGCCGCCGCGGAGAAGGCGAUCGCGGACACACCCGUCGACGCCGCGGAUUGUAAAGCCCGAGGCAACGCCGCGUACGCCGAGGGCGGGUACGAGGAAGCCAUCGGCUGGUACACCAAGGGCAUCGCGAUGAUGGUCAAACAAGCCCAACCCACCCACGGCAUCUGCAUCUACAGCAACGACGGCGUGGAGUCGCUCGCGACGCUGUACGUGAACAGGGCGGAGUGCCACAGGCAGCUGGUGGACAUGAGGCGCGUGGUGGAGGAUUGCGAACUCGCGCUUCAGCUCGUCCCGCGGAGUUUCAAGGCGCACUUAAGGCGAGCGCUGGCGAUGGAGUACCUGGAGAAGUACGACGAGGCUUCGGCCGGGUUCAAGGCGGCGAUGGCGAUCGACCCGAGCGGGACGGUGGCGUCCGAGGGGUUACGAAGGGUCGCGGCGUACAAGGAGGUGGACGGGUGA